CGUCCGGAGGACUCGUCGUCGGUGCCCGCGGCUCUCGUGGGUUCCGGUCGGCGGUGGGCGGGUCCGCCGUGCAGUCCGCUGUCGCCGCCGCCGCCGCCGCCGCCGCCGUCUGCUUCGGCUCUGCGUUUUUAGGCCAUGGGGCAGCAGGAUGUGUGGCGGCUCCUGUCGAGGUUCAGCUCCCUCAGAAGAGCCAGGGUUGUUCUGCAGCAUCUGAGGAUGUCCGUGCACACAGAAGCCCCGGAAGUGCUGUUGGAGAGGAGGGGCUGUGCAGGAGUCAUAACACUGAACAGACCCAAGGUCCUCAACGCCCUGUCUAUGAACAUGAUCCGGCAGAUCUACCCACAGCUGAAGAAGUGGGAACAAGACCCUGAGACGUUCCUGAUCAUCAUAAAGGGAGCUGGAGGGAAGGCCUUCUGUGCUGGAGGAGACAUCCGAGUGCUCUCAGAAGCUAAAAGAGCAAAGCAGAAUUUGACUCGGGUUUAUUUCAGAGAAGAAUACACCCUGAACAAUGCCAUUGCUACUUGUCAGAAACCAUAUGUCGCCCUCAUUGACGGGUUCACAAUGGGUGGGGGAGUUGGUGUUUCCAUUCAUGGGCGAUUCCGAGUAGCUACUGAAAAGACCCUCUUUGCAAUGCCAGAAACGGGAAUAGGGCUCUUUCCUGAUGUGGGCGGCGGUUAUUUCUUGCCACGACUUCCAGGCAAACUGGGCUACUUCCUUGCCCUGACCGGGUUCAGACUGAAAGGAAGAGACGUGCACAGAGCAGGAAUCGCCACCCAUUUUGUAGAUUCAGAGAAGCUGCCCAAGUUAGAGGAAGAGUUGCUGGCCUUGAAGUCACCCUCGGCAGAAGAUAUUGCGGGUGUCUUAGAAAGCUACCAGGCACGGUCCAAGAUGGAUCAAGACAAAUCUGCCAUAUUUGAGGAACACAUGGACAAAAUAAACAGUUGUUUUUCAGCCAAUUCUGUGGAACAGAUUAUUGAGAAUUUACGGCAGGAUGGUUCACCUUUUGCCAUACAACAGUUGAAGGUGAUUAACAAAAUGUCUCCGACAUCCUUAAAGAUCACACUGAGGCAGCUCAUGGAGGGCUCUUCCAAGACCUUGCCAGAGGUACUGACCAUGGAGUAUCGGCUAAGUCAAGCCUGUAUGGAAGGUCAUGACUUUGAUGAAGGCGUUCGAGCCGUUCUCAUUGACAAAGACCAGAGUCCCAAAUGGAACCCGGCCAGUCUAAAGGAAAUUACCGAUGAAGACGUGAAUGGCUAUUUUAAAUCUCUGGGUAGCAGUGAUCUGAAAUUCUGAGGUGGCCAGACCUCCUAAAGUUUAUUUUUGGAGCAAGGGUCAGUAAACAUAUCACAGAGGCUAGCUCGGUCUCUCAGCUUGCCCGUUUCCAGCCUGCAAACUGGAAAUGGCUUCCUCACUUUUAAAUUGUUGGAAAAGAAAUGAAAAGACUAAUGUUCUAUGAUAUGAUGGUCACCUGAAGUCGAAGCACCGGUGUUUAUAGUGAUUCAUGAUACAACAGUUAGCUGAUGUCAAAGGCCAAUGUUUCUAGAACUUUACUGCAGCAAAACCAUCCUUGUAUCUAGGCUACUGGAAGUGGCCAUGUGUGGUGGUUUGAAAGAAAACGGCCCCCAUAGGGAGUGGCACUGUUAGGAUGUGUGGCCUUGUUGGAGGAAGCGUGUCACUGUGGGGGUGGGCUCUGAGGUCUCCUGUGCUCAUUCGCAUCU